GUAGGUAGUUGCAUCUAAUGAUUUUUUUGGAGUAAUCUGAACCAUCUGCCUCUAUAUAUUAAGGAGUUCUUUCUUUAAUCCAGAUUAUGGCUGACAAACUGGUUUUGGCAUUCACGUUUCACUAGCACUGUGCCCUUGAAGAGCUGAUGUGGCUGUAGAAACUCUCUCCCUUAAAACUGUUGUGUUUGAAAACAUUUUUUGUUUGGCUUCCUUGUAGUUGUUUCCUUAUACCUCCUUUUUUUUUUUUUUGUUGUUGUCGUUGUUGUUGUUGAGAAGAUGGCCUUUCUAAUGAAAAGUAUGUUGAGCAACCAGGUAAAGAAUUUGGGACUUGGAGGUGGAGGGGAAGAAAGCAAAGAAGAAAGCACUCCUUCUGAUCCAGCAGCAGCUGCAGGAAUGACCAGAGAGGAGUAUGAGGAAUAUCAAAAGCAAAUGGUUGAGGAGAAGAUGGAAAGAGAUGCAGCAUUUGCACAGAAAAAAGCAGAGCGAGCCGUUUUGAGGGUUCACCUGAGAGAAAAGUACAGACUGCCCAAGAGUGAAUUGGAUGAGAAUCAAAUACAGAUGGCUGGAGAUGAUGUGGGACUGCCAGAAGAUCUUCAGAAGAUGGUGGCAGAAGAUCAGGAGGAGGAAGAGGAUAAGGACUCUAUCCUGGGCCAGCUGCAGAACAUCCAGAAUAUGGACAUGGAUGCCAUCAAAGAAAAGGCACAAGCCACCUUCACUGAGAUGAAACAGGCAGCUGAGCAGAAAUGUUCAAUGAUGUAGAAGAGCCACCACUGCCCAAGGGCUGUAACCUCAGUCUUGUGUUGCUGGGGCUGCAAAGGGAGAGCACGUAGCU